AUGGUAAGAGACUUGGAUUAUGGAGCUUUCAUGGCUAAAUUUGUGAUUGAAACAACCUCUCUAUCAUAUCAUCAACCAUCACAUGUCCUUACUUUUGCAAUUAAAGACAUAUUUAAUGUGGAGAGAUAUUUGACUGGAUUUGGUAAUCUUGAUCGGGCAAAGACUCAUUAUGGUGCUACAUCAACUCCUCACAUUGUUUUGACUGUUUUAAAUAGAGGAGCCAUAUGUUUUGGUAAAACCAUCAUGGAUGCUUACAAUAUAAAUGGAGAAUAUAUACAUCACAACACACCUAUAAAUCCAUAUGUUCCCGAUUGUGUACUCGAAGGAUCUUCAAAUGGAUCUCGUUGUUGUAGUUGGCAUAACACUUAUAGGCUUCUCCUAGGAGUUGACACUAGAGGAAAUUAUUUUUGGCUUUCAAGCAUUCCAAAUGAUCGAUUUGGUCAAGUUCUAAUGAAAUCGGCGAAGAAGAUAUGUCGAGAUCGUAUUGUGAAGCAUGUGGUCCUCGAGGACUAUGUCAAGGAUAAAUUUUUAAGUCCGAAACAUUUUAUGAGUAUAAAAAAAGAACAACAAUAUAAUAUUCCAUCUUUGGCGACCUCUCAAAUGCCAUACGUUCACUUAAAAGGUAUGAACUCAAGGAUAACCACGAUGAAUAAGUCACUACAAGUCAAACCUAAUUUGGGUUUAGGAAUAUCGAAAGGGUAUGGGAAGUUGCUACAACAACGGGAGAAAACAUUGAUGUCCGUCGCUCUGUAA